AUGAAAAUUGUCCCCCAAUGCACGGAUGUAAUCUAUGAUAUCCUCCUUGUCUUGACUUUUGUGAAACUUACAAGUGCAGUCAUUUUUGUGAGUUAUGUUUGCUUUUGGUUACAAAUAAUUACAUUUCACUCUUGGUUAUUUGAUUUCAAUAAUGGAAGAGUUGCCUAA